CACCACCACUACUAAUCUGUCAGUCUAUAAAUAAUUCCCUCCCUCUCCCUUUCCUCCAAUACCCCAUCCGGGGAUUGGCCGAGUGGCGCCGCCGUGACAAACCAUGUCGAACCCAUCAAGGUCGAUGGCUCACUCUGCUUCUGCAAUCGAAAAUUUCGGGAAUUUUUACGAGAUAUGGCUCACAAGACAACGGGAGUUUCUCAAGGAGCUUCUCCAUGUAUUGCAAAUCGAAGAACACGAGGAGGAGAAGCAAUUGGGAGUAAUCAAUCAAGUUUUGGCGCAUUACCAGAAUUACCAUGAGGAGAUUUCCAAGGCGGCCGGAGAAGAUGUGUUCAGGGUGUUUUCAGCGCCGUGGUUGAGUUCUUACGAGAGGACUCUGCUUUGGAUUUCUGGGUUUAAACCUUCGAUCGUGUUCCGGUUAGUGGAUGGGGCGGUGAAGGAUUUGACGGCGGUUCAGGUUAUAAGAGUGGAGGAGCUGAAGGCGGAGGUAAGGCGGAAGGAGAGGGAUUUGACGGAAGCACUGGCUAGUUUGCAGGAGACGGUUGCAGCGCCGCCGAUUGUGGGGCUCGCACGGCGAGCCGGGAGGCUUGUGGACGGAGAGAUUUGUGAAAUGGAGAAUGCGAUUGAGGAACUGAAAAUUGGGAUGUUGGGUGUUUUUGAUAGCGCCGAUUUGCUUCGUGGGUCGACGAUGAAAAGGGUUAUGGAGAUUUUGAGGACUGAUCAGACGGUGAGGCUUUUAGCGGCGGCGACGGAGUUUCAGCUGCGAAUAAGGCGGUGGGGCUUGCAGAGGGAUAUGCAGGGAACAAGAACAACAUGAAUCGCCGCCGAUUUGGUAGCUUUGAAUGUGCGUGUGUAUGGCGCCAGCCAAUGAAAUAAAAUAAGUGAGCUUAAAUGCUUUGAUUCUCCAGGGGAAAAUGAAAGUAGAAGUUCCUAAUGCAAGUGUCUUAAAUUUAGUUUUUCGAGUCGUUUUUAGUUCAACAAUAUGUGUAUGAGUCUACGAUUCAAAGUCGUUUUUAGUUCAACAAUUUGUGUACGAGUCUACGAUUCAAAGUCGUUUUUAGUUCAACAAUUUGUGUACGAGUCUACGAUUCGAAGUUC